GACGGCUGCGUCACGCGAGGGGCGGGGCUGCCACGGGCGGAGGCCGGAGCCGGAAGCGGAAGAGGCGCUCGGAGCGGGGAGUGGGGCCUAGCUGCAGCCGGAGCCUGGGAGACGAUGCAUCACUGUAAGCGAUACCGCUCCCCUGAGCCAGACCCGUACCUGAGCUACCGAUGGAAGAGGAGGAGGUCUUACAGUCGGGAGCAUGAAGGGAGACUGCGAUACCCCUCCCGAAGGGAGCCUCCGCCCCGGAGAUCUCGGUCUAGAAGCCAUGACCGCCUGCCCUACCAGAGGAGAUACCGGGAGCACCAUGACAGCGACACAUACCGGUGUGAAGAGCGGAGCCCAUCCUUUGGAGAGGACUACUAUGGAUCUUCACGUUGCCAUCAUCGACGGCGGUCACGGGAAAGGGAGCCAUACCGGACCCGCAAGCAUGCCCACCACUGCCACAAACGCCGCACCAGGUCUUGUAGCAGCGCCUCCUCGAGAAGCCAACAGAGCAGUAAGCGCAGCAGCCGGAGUGUGGAAGAUGACAAGGAGGGCCACCUGGUGUGCCGGAUCGGCGAUUGGCUCCAAGAGCGAUAUGAGAUCGUGGGGAACCUGGGUGAAGGCACCUUUGGCAAGGUGGUGGAGUGCUUGGACCAUGCCAGAGGGAAGUCUCAGGUUGCCCUGAAGAUCAUCCGCAACGUGGGCAAGUACCGGGAGGCCGCCCGGCUAGAAAUCAAUGUUCUCAAAAAAAUCAAGGAGAAGGACAAAGAGAACAAGUUCCUGUGCGUCUUGAUGUCUGACUGGUUCAACUUCCAUGGUCACAUGUGCAUCGCCUUUGAGCUCCUGGGCAAGAACACCUUUGAGUUCCUAAAGGAGAAUAACUUCCAGCCUUACCCUCUACCACAUGUCCGGCACAUGGCCUACCAGCUCUGCCACGCCCUUAGGUUUCUACAUGAGAACCAACUGACCCACACAGACUUGAAGCCAGAGAACAUCCUGUUUGUGAAUUCUGAGUUUGAAACUCUCUACAAUGAGCACAAGAGCUGUGAGGAGAAGUCGGUGAAGAACACCAGCAUCCGAGUGGCUGACUUCGGCAGUGCUACCUUUGACCACGAGCAUCACACGACCAUUGUGGCCACCCGUCACUAUCGCCCGCCUGAGGUGAUCCUGGAGCUGGGCUGGGCACAGCCCUGCGACGUCUGGAGCAUUGGCUGCAUUCUCUUUGAGUACUACCGGGGCUUCACACUCUUCCAGACCCACGAAAACCGAGAGCAUUUGGUGAUGAUGGAGAAGAUCCUAGGGCCCAUCCCAUCACACAUGAUCCACCGUACCAGGAAGCAGAAAUAUUUUUACAAAGGGGGCCUGGUUUGGGAUGAGAACAGCUCUGAUGGCCGGUAUGUGAAGGAGAACUGCAAACCUCUUAAGGGUGGCUGUGAAUGUAAUUGGGGAACACCAGAAGAGCCAGAUGUCAGAGACCGUGCUACUUCCUGCCCCCUCUUCUCUCAAUUUUGGGAAGAACUAGGCAGGACUGAGGUGAGGGGUAGGGAAGACCUAGACAUGGCCAGGAAGCCUCUGUCAACUGCAUUUGGUGCUUGGACAAGUGAAUUCCACAGAGGUGAUUUCUACCCACCUGUCAGAACUUUGCACUUGGGGGCAGAGGCACCAAGCCAGCAAGACACCCAGUAGCCUGACAAGUUCAGAGCAAACAUUAUUACAGGCACAAAAUGAAAAGAGCUGCUCAUUGUCCAGGAGGGGAGAAGUAGUCCUCCAGGGAGGCAUCCCUGCCUCCUCAGCCACGCAGCAAGGCUUCCCAGAGGCAAGGGGACCUGCUGUGGCUUCCCACGACCCUGCCAUCACACUGAGACGCCUUGUGUCCCUGAGCAGAGUUAUAUGCUCCAAGACUCCCCGGAGCACGUGCAGCUGUUUGACCUGAUGAGACGGAUGUUAGAAUUUGACCCUGCCCAGCGCAUCACAUUGGCGGAGGCCCUGCUGCAUCCCUUCUUUGCUGGUCUGACCCCUGAGGAGCGGUCUUUCCACACCAGCCGCAACCCAAGCAGAUGACAGGCGCAGGCCACCGCACUGGGAGAUGGAGAGCGGAACUGGGCUGCCCGGCCCCUUUUCUCCAACCUCUACCACCGGCCCCAGGGCCAGAGCCACCCAAUGAACAGUGCAAUGUGAAGGAAGGCAGGAGCCUACAGGGGAGGAGACUUGAUGCCCAGCUGCCAGAAAGCACAGAUUUGACCCAAGCUAUUUAUAUGUUGUAAAGUUAUAAUAAAGUGUUUCUUACUGUUUGUAACCCCUGGUACCAGUGUGUCCAUCUCCAGGCUCCUUGCCUUCUCCCUUCCCUACCUUAUUAAUAAAGUCUUUCUUAGCAGUUCA